GCAUUGUGUGGAAGUAAAAAGAGAGUAGGUAGAAGGAGGUUUGCAAUGGCAAGGCCUGAGGGGCAUUUUCUUUAGUAGUAAGAGCAAAAGAUGUUCUUCUUCUCUCAUGUCUCUACUUCCUUCAAUCUCCUUUUCCUUUUCUUCUACUUCUCUUCCCAUUGCCUCACCAGGUUCUUCCAGACUCAUUUCAGGAAACCAAUCUCUACAAGAAGCAAUGGAUUUGAAGAAGACCCACAUGAAGAAAAUCAUCUCAGCGAUUGUUCCCAAGAAGGCAAUCUCGGCUUCUUCAGCAGCCAAUGCUUCGAGAAAGAAGACCUGGUUGCGGACAUCAUUCUUGGUGGAGAAGCACUGGUCUUCUUACCUUCUAGAAGCUCCCAAGACGCUCCACCACUUGUCGAGGAAGGCGAAGAUACUGAAGAGGAACACGAAGAUCAUGAAGAGAAUAAAUUCGAAGAUUUAUCUACCGUCGAACAAGUAUCCGGCCCCGAAUAUGCAUCUGAAUCAAUCAUUUAUGAGGAAGAAAAUGAUGAGGAAGAAGCUCAAGAAAAUGAUGAGGAAGAACCUCAAGAGAAGCUUGAAACGAAGGAAGCUGAUAACAUAAAGCUAUUGACAACACCAACAGAACCAUACCUUGAAAUAUUAUUAGCCAAUGAUACUCAUUCAAAAGUAGGGAAUCGCAGCCAACAACCAGAAGAAGUGAAGAAUUCCUCUCAAGACGAAAGUUUCUUGAGUUUGACUCCUCCGACCGAAAGUGAAAAGUUUGGAGCGCGAGCAGAUGAAAGUGAAGAAGUCCUUGCUGGUUCUUUCACCGGCGGUUCUACCUCCCAUAGUUCUUAUGAAUGGAGAAGCUCAACGAAUUAUAGAGGUUCGGAAACGGAAGAUCCGUUCUCUUCUUCAUCUCGAAGGAGCUCAUCCAAAUGGGAAAAUUUCACUGUCUAUCGGAAAUAUGAUGAAGAGAUGAUGUUCUUCGAUAGAAUUAGUGCACAGAAACUCAGUGAAACGGAAUCUUUAAGGUCUAUACAAAUACACCCAAGAUCGAUUUCGCAAAGGAUAGCACACAGAUUGGCAACGAGAAACAAAGAAGUGGAGAAGGGUCCGAACCCAUUUCAAGAACUGGAGGCUGCUUAUGUAGCUCAGAUUUGCUUGACAUGGGAAGCUCUGAAUUGGAAUUACAAGAACUUACGGGGAAUGAAAGAGUCGCAAGGUGAGGAAGAUUCGGGCUGCCCGGCCUAUAUUGCUCAGCAGUUCCAGCAAUUUCAGGUUCUGUUACAACGGUUCAUCGAGACCGAACCUUUUGAACGUGGCCGCAGGCCUGAAGUUUAUGCUCGGAUGAGGCUUUCUUCACCAAAACUGCUUCAAGUUCCAGAGUUCCAAGGUACCGUUGCUGGACAUAGGCCAGUGGGGCCCACUUGUGGGCAAUCACUAGUUGAUUCGGAAGCUGAUCGAAGCAAUGGAGAUAAAGAUGCGAAGAUCUCAUUAGCUGAAUUUCUUAUAGUAAUGGAAGAUGCGAUUCGGACUUUCAUGAAUUUUCUCAAGGCUGAUAAGAAGAAGCCUUGCCAGAUUCUUCGUGCGCUUCUAAAGAAGAAGCAAAGCUCGGUUGAUCCCACGCUCCUCCAUCUGAUCAAGAAAGCUAAUAAGAGAAAGAAGAAGAAGCUUAAAGACCUCCGGCGCAGUCGAAAAUGCAUAAGGAAGAGGACAUGGAAGGCAGACGAAGAGAUGGAGAUAUUGACGGCCCUGAUUGAUCUGGAGGUGGUUUCUAGGGUUUUGAGGACGUCUGAUAUAACUGAAGAGCAGUUGCACUGGUGUGAGGAGAAGAUGAGCAAAGUUAGAGUUUGGGAAGGGAAGCUACAUAGAGAUUCCACACCACUUUUCUUCCCUUCUCACUGACAUGGCCCACCUUUGGAUUGAUGAGCGGACCAUACUGAUUUUUGAACCAUGUGAUCUUCAUGGCAGGGCCCACCUUAUGGAACGCCUCCGAUGUCCCACAGCACAUGAUGUGAGUUUGCAUGUGAAAAUCACAUUUAAUGGAUCACAAAUGAUCAUUCCCAUAUUUCACUACGACAGCUGAGAAGGGAAGUAGUUGUUUAUAUAUACACUGUCAGAGUAGGCCACUUGAUACGCAGGCACUCCAAACUUAUACAACCGUCCAAUAAAUGUCCACCAAAUCCCCUAUAGCUAGAUAACAUGCAUAACUUUUGGUUCAUGAUAAAUCUAAACUGGAGCCCAUAAUUUGAACAGUUUAUUUGAAUUACUUGAACACCACAUAUGCAAUUUCUAAAUGUAUGCGUAUCAUCCAUCACAAUCUCCAGAGUAUCUAGAAAAUAGGGGUGUAAGCUUAAAAAGGGAAGGGUGUAUAAACAUCACUCACUAAAAAGGAGGAGGCACGUGGAUACACUUCAAUUUUCAAGACCCAUGUAGGAAGCAUGGAAUAUGAUUGUUACAAGCUUUAUGCCGUUGGAUCAUGGCAUGGCCAUGAUGGUAACACGCAUUGAUCGU